CGCCUACAGUCUCAGUGAUCUGAGAGACUAAGGCAAGAGGAUUGCUUGAGCCCAGGAGUUCCAGGCCAGUUCAGUUGACUGUGGAGACUCUGUUGUAAAAUCAAUCAAAGGACUUAAAAGGGGCUUAGUGACAUAUGCCUGUAGAUCCCAGCACUCUGGAGGUGGAGGCAGGGGGAUUAGAAUGUCAACAUCAUCAUAGCUACCUAAGGAGUUCAAGGCCAGCCUGGAACACACGAGAUCUGGCCUCCAAAUGGGGGGAAAAGAAUUCUUCUGUAGAUCUGUGUGACUUACAAAGCACUCUAGUCAGAUGGGGGUAAUAAUAGUUACUACCUCACAGGAUGAACACCAGAUGAGAUCAUGGAGCUAAGAUGCUCAGCAUAGUGUGGAGACAUGACAUGUUGUGAGAGUUCAGUAAGUAGUGGCCUAGGUAUCCCCUCCCCAUUGGGCCAAGCACCGGCCCUAGGCACCUAGCAUAAACUAGGUGACUUAUUUGUCUGGGCUCACAUUUGCCAUUUCUAUCUUGGAGGAAGGUGUUCUUUGAGGGACCUCACCAUGGACAGACCCACAGUCACAUGGACUUCAAGCUUGGCCUCUUCCCAUUCCACUUCCACUAUGCUGUCUCUAUUCUGAACAUCUCCUCCCAUCUUGGAGCAAAUGUAUGUACUGGGGGAAGGGAGGUGCAGAGGACAGUGGAGCAGGGCGAGCCCUUCUCCUAAGAAUCUAGGAGACGUCAGAGCCUGCCACCUGCUCAGAAGCUUAAAUUUCCCUGCAAAGGCCCUUGGCUAAAUUAGGUAAUGGGCUAGGACUCUGGGAGGGGUGGGGCUUACUGACCCCCGGAUCUGAUUGGUCAGGGUAUCUAGUUCUGAGGAGCAGGGAGGAGGGAAGAGAGGAUGCCCCUACAAAUCCUGGGGGCUAGAGAGAUCUAGGGCACCUUUGGGUGGUGGAGUGUGAAGGAGACGACCCACAGCAGAGGAGUCCCUGUAACCAGCAACCAUGACGGACCAACAGGCUGAGGCCAGGUCCUACCUCAGCGAGGAGAUGAUCGCUGAGUUCAAGGCUGCCUUUGACAUGUUUGACGCUGAUGGUGGUGGGGACAUCAGCGUUAAAGAGCUGGGCACCGUCAUGAGGAUGCUAGGGCAGACGCCCACCAAAGAGGAACUGGAUGCCAUCAUUGAGGAGGUGGACGAGGAUGGCAGCGGUACCAUCGACUUUGAGGAGUUCUUGGUCAUGAUGGUCCGCCAGAUGAAAGAGGAUGCGAAAGGGAAGAGCGAAGAGGAGCUGGCGGAGUGUUUCCGCAUCUUUGACAGGAACGCAGACGGCUACAUUGAUGCUGAGGAGCUGGCUGAGAUUUUCCGGGCUUCUGGGGAGCACGUGACAGAUGAGGAGAUCGAAUCCCUGAUGAAGGACGGUGAUAAAAACAACGAUGGCCGCAUUGAUUUCGAUGAGUUCCUGAAGAUGAUGGAGGGCGUUCAGUAAAGAGCCGGCCUUCGCUUCCACCCAGAUUGCAGGCUCCCUGGGUGUGGACAACUCCACCCUUGCCUUCCCCGCCCUACCAGGGGAAGGAAGCUCCUUCCGGCUUUGUGGCUGGAAGGAAUAAAUGCUGACACUG